AAGGGGUUUUUGCCAACUUCUUGUUGAUUUUUGCUGAAAAAUGUUAACUUAUUAAAUCUAGGUCUAAGUCAAACCUACAUUGAAGUUUUUGUUUCAUGUCUCUACGACGUUCCUACUGGACGUUAGAGACAGUUUUGUUUGUGGUUUCUUCUUAGGGGGCGCUAGAGCGCAAUUUUAAGUUGUGGGUUUUGUUUAGAUCGCAAUUUUCGCCAGUCCUGAUGUGUGUGUCAAAUUUGGUGAGUUUUUAAGCAUGUUUAGGUGGUCAAAUUACAGCUCAAAGAGGCAAAAAUUACAUUUUUAGUAAACCAAACUUUUGUUUUGAAGGGGUUUUUGCCAACUUCCUGUUGAUUUUUGCUGAAGAAUGUUAAUCUAUUAAAUCUAGGUCUAAGUCAAACCUACAUUGAAGUUUUUGUGUCAUGUCUCUACGGCGUUCCUACUGGAAGUUAGAGACAGUUUUGUCUGUGUUUUCUUCUAAGGGGGCGCUAAACCGCAAUUUUAAGUUUUUUUUUUUUUUUUUUUUAUUAGAUUGCAAUUUUUGCCAGUCCUGAUGUGUGUGUCAAAUUUGGUGAGUUUUUAAGCAUGUUUUGAGGGUCAAAUUACAGCUCAAAGAGGCGGCGAAAUAAUAAUAAAGACUAAUAAUAAUAAAACCAAAUUCAAUAGGGUCCUCUUUCCCAAAGGGACAUCGGUCCCUAAAAUCAAUCUCUUGCUGUACGAUGUCUGCUCUCACUGGGAUGCCGACUGGUGGGAUGUUUAUAUCGUCCCGUUUCAAAGACAAGUUAAUCAUAAUCCUUGGGUAAGUUUAAAAAAGGGGUGCAGACAAAUGUAUUUUCAUGUCCUUCUCGAUAUCUUUCUGUCAAAGUCGGGGGUUGGCAACCCCCGGCUGUAGAGCCGCAUGCAGCUCUUUAGCGCCGCCCUCGUGGCUGUCUGGAGCUUUUUCAAAAAAGUAUGAAAAAUGGAAAAAGAUAAGGGGAAAUAAAAUAUAAAAAAUAUAUUUUUUGUUUCAAUAUAGUUUCUCUAGGAGGACAAAAAUGACACAAACCUCCCUAAUUGUUAUAAAGCACACUGUUUGUUUUAAACACGCCUCACUGAGCUAGCGCCGUUUUGUCCUACUAAUUUUGGCGGUCCUUGAACUCACCGUAGUUUGUUUACACGUAUAAUGUUCUCCGACUGUUUUAUGCCACUUCUUUUUCCGUCUCAAACUUUUAACGCUGUGCGUGAAUGCACAAAGGUGAGUUUUGUUGGUGUUAUUGACUUGUGUGUAGUGAUAAUCAGACAUAUUUGGUCACUGCAUGACCGCAAGCUAAUCGAUGCUAACAUGCUAUUUAGGCUAGCUGUGUGUACAUAUUGCAUCAUUGUGCCUCAUUUGUAGCUAUAUUAGAGCUCAUGUAAGUCCUCUUAAUUCAAUUUAUAUCUCAUGACACUAUCUGUAUGUAAUACGGCUUUUAUUUUGUUGCGGCUCCAGACAGAUUUGUUUAUGUAUUUUUGGUCCAAUAUGGCUCUUUCAACAUUUUAGGUGGCCGACCCCUGUUCUAAGUUACUUUUACUAUACAAGUGAGCGGUAUGAUUUACAAACCCCGUUUCCAUAUGUGUCGGGAAAUUGUGUAAAUGUAAACGGAAUACAAUGAUUUGCAAAUCCUUUUCAACCCAUAUUCAAUUGAAUGCACUACAAAGACCAGAUAAAUAACAAUUAGCUUAGAAUUUCAUGGCUGCAACACGUGCCAAAGUAGUUGGGAAAGGGCAUGUUCACCACUGUGUUACAUCACCUUUUCUUUUAACAACACUCAAUAAACAUUUAAGAACUGAGGAAACUAAUUGUUGAAGCUUUGAAAGUGGAAUUCUUUCCCAUUGUUGUUUUAUGUAGAGCUUCAGUCGUUCAACAAUCCGGGGUCUCCGCUGUCGUAUUUUACGCUUCAUAAUGCGCCACACAUUUUCCAUGGGAGACAUCAAAAGUACCCGCACUCUUUUUAUACGAAGCCACGCUGUUGUAACACGUGGUUUGGCAUUGUCUUGCUGAAAUAAACAUGAUAACGUUGCUUGGAUGACAGCAUAUGUUGGUCCAAAACCUGUAUGGACCUUUCAGUAUUAAUGGUGCCUUCACAGAUGUGUAAGUUACCCAUGCCUUGGGCACUAAUACACCCCCAUACCAUUACAGAUGCAGGCUUUUGAACUUAGCGCCUUUAAACAAUCCGGAUGGUUAUUUUCCUCUUGGUUCCGGAGGACACCACGUCCACAGUUUCCAAAUAUAAUUUGAAAUGUGGACUCGUCUGACCACAGAACACUUUUCCACUUUGCAUCAGUCCAUCUUAGAUGAGCUCGGGCCCAGCGAAGCUUGCGGCGUUUCUGGGUGUUGUUGAUAAAUGGCUUUCGCUUUACAUAGUAGAGUUUUAACUUGCACUUACAGAUGUUGCGACCAACUGUAGUUACUGACAGUGGUUUUAUGAAAUGUUCCUAAGCCCAUGUGGUGAUAUCCUUUAAACACUGAUGUCGGUUUUUGAUGCAGUACCGCCUGUGGUAUCAAACGUCCGUAAUAUCGUCGCUUACGUGCAGUGAUUUCUCCAGAUUCUCUGAACCUUUUGAUUAUUUUACGGACCGUAGAUCGAGAAAUCCCUAAAUUCCUUGCAAUAGCUUGUUGAGAAAUGUUGUUCUUAAACCGUUCGACAAUUCGCUUACAAAGUGGUGACCCUCGCCCCAUCCUUGUUUGUGAAUUACUUAGCAUUUCACGGAAGCUGCUUUUAUACCCAAUCAUGGCACCCACCUGUUCCCAAUUAGCCUGCACACCUGUGGGAUGUUCGAAAUAAGUGUUUGAUGAGCAUUCCUCAACUUUAUCAGUAUUUAUUGCCACCUUUCCCAACUUCUUUGUAAUAUGUUGCUGGCAUCAAAUUCUAAAGUUGAUGAUUAUUUGCACAAAAAAAAAUGUUUAUCAGUUUGAACAUCAAAUAUGUUGUCUUUGUAUCAUAUUCAACUGAAUAUGGGUGGGAAAUGAUUUGCAAAUCAUUGUAUUCUGUUUAUAUUUACAUCCAACACAAUUUGCCAACUCAUAUGGAAACGCGGUUUGUAUAUUUAAGAAAAACGUUUGUUACCCCUUUGUGAUUAAUGCGCCGGUAAAAGUAGUUCCUCUGCAUUAGCGCUUAUGAUAACAAUAUCGCUGGUACUUGGUUAAUAUUCAGGUCCCAAAAGCGGGGUUUUUAUGUUUUUACAGGGUUUUAUGGGCGCAAUAGACUCAAUGAAAUAAUGACUCCUAUUAGUGGUGCAGUUCCCUUUUAAUACAUAAGGCCCCAGGUUAAUCGGGGACUGUGUCUGGGUCCGCACUUGAACCGUGGCCUGCCAUUUAGUGAUCCCUGCAUUAGUACCACCAGCACAAUUUACCUGCGGUUUUCUCGAUGUAGUUAAUUACAACCAAACAUUGUCUUCGCAGAUGCAACAUUUUAAUUACCGCCAUUUUUUUGUUUUGUUUCAUCAGAAAUGGUUUCUUGUUGCGCAAACCACCAUUUUUCCAGUCGCCGUUCUUUGUGUUCUGUAGUCUUGAUGCAGUAAGAAGAAUCGAUCAUAACUUCAAUUGUCUGUCAGAGACAUGCCAUUUUCCUGAAUGUAUUCUCCACUUGAAAAAAAGUGUGAAACGGCUUCAGGAGAAUAAUUUUUGGGCUGUCAAGUGUCCAAUUGGAAUCACACAUCCGACUGUAGUAAAACAAGGUGGUGCUAUUACUAUUGUUUUACAUAUAGGGCUUUAAAGGACGUAUGCUAAAUACUUAUAAAUAAAUGUAAAAAUUGUUAAAAAGAAGCCUAAAAUGAGGUUUUAGAUUUUAGACCAGAUAAAUCACAGUUGUUUUGUUGGCUGUAAGGAUGUGUUGUUUUAUUCUAUUUCCACUGUCCUGGCUGCUCAGUACAAAAACAACAAUAAUAAAACAUGUCACUCCUCUGCUAUGCGUCAUCAAAGAUAAAAUGGUAAGCAAGCAAAUGAUUUUUGUUUUCCAACACGACGGUUAACUUGUUUUUUUUACACUUGUUCCACAGAUAAAUGUGGCUCCAGUUGGGUUUGCACCAACUACUUCACGUGCUAUUAAAGGUACAAAACGACAAUAAGGGGACGUCAAUAAGAAAACAUGUCACUCCUCUGCUGUGCGUCAUCAAAGAUAAAAUGAUAAAUGUGGCUCCAGUUGGGUUUGCACCAACUACUUCACGUGCCAUUUAAGGUACAAAAACGACAAUAAGGGGACGUCAAUAAUAAAACAUGUCACUCCUCUGCUAUGCGUCAUCAAAUAUAAAAUGAUAAAUGUGGCUCCAGUUGGGUUUGCACCAACUACUUCACGUGGCAUUUAAGGAUGUCCUGAUCCUCCCUCCCCAGCGCCCCGUUUCUUCCUCCAAGUGAUCAAUCAACCCAUCAAACUUCAUUUAUAUAGCGCUUUUCAUGGCUGUCAAGUGUCCAAUUGGCAUCACACAUUCGACUGUAGUAAUACAAGGUGGUGCUAUUACUAUUACUAUUGUUUUUCAUAUAGGGCUUUAAAGGACAUAUGGCCAGAUGUAUAUGCUAAAUACUUAUAAAUAAACGUAUAACAUGUUUAAAAGAAGCCUAGAAUGAGGUUUUAGAGUUUAGACCAGACAUAUACCUGUUGUUUUGUUGACUGCAAGGAUGUGUUGUUUUCUUCUAUUUCCUUUGUCCUGGCUGCUCAGUACAAAACGACAAUAAGGGGACGUCAAUAAUAAAACAUGUCACUCCUCUGCUAUGCGUCAUCAAAGAUAAAAUGAUAAAUGUGGCUCCAGUUGGGUUUGCACCAACUACUUCACGUGCCAUUAAAGGUACAAAACGACAAUAAGGGGACGUCACCAAAGAUAAAAUGAUAAAUGUGGCUCCAGUUGGGUUUGCACCAACUACUUCACGUGCCAUUUAAGGUACAAAACGACAAUAAGGGGACGUCAAUAAUAAAACAUGUCACUCCUCUGCUAUGCGUCAUCAAAGAUAAAAUGAUAAAUGUGGCUCCAGUUGGGUUUGCACCAACUACUUCACGUGCCAUUUAAGGUACAAAACGACAAUAAGGGGACGUCAAUAAUAAAAUAUGUCACUCCUCUGCUAUGCGUCAUCAAAGAUAAAAUGAUAAAUGUGGCUCCAGUUGGGUUUGCACCAACUACUUCACGUGCCAUUAAAGGCAUGGAUGUCCUCAUGAAAGCGGACCUCACACUGACCAACAACAGCAGCCACCCAGCAGAACCUGACCACCUGGACUUCAUCAAAACCCAAGGACUGAACCACAGUGACCCACUGGACAUGUUUGAGGGCAUGGAGCUUCUUCUUCGUUUCAAACCUCUCUUCAUGCCGCUCUACUGCCUCGUCGUGGUCAUCGCCAGCGUGGGGAACUCCUUCCUGUUGACUUGCAUCCUGGUGGAUAAAAAACUCCACAACGCCACCAACUUUUUCAUCGGAAACCUGGCUGCUGGAGACCUGCUGAUGUGUCUGAGCUGCGUGCCGCUGACCAUGUCCUAUGCCUUCGACAGCCACGGCUGGGCCUUUGGGAGACCGCUGUGUCACUUGGUGCCUUUGCUGCAAUGUGCUACCGUUUUUGCGUCCGUGCUCUCCCUCACAGCCAUCGCUGUGGACCGAUACGUCGUCUUAGCUCACCCCGUGCGAAGGAGGAUUUCUUUGUGGGGUUGCGGCGCGGUGGCGACGGCUGUCUGGCUUUUAUCUCUGGCCUUGGCGGCGCCGCCGUCCUUUUACACGCGCUACCUCGACCUGCGGCCCAGUGGCGUCGACCUCGUGGUUUGCGAGGAGUUCUGGCCCGAGAACGGCAAUCUGCGACUGCUCUAUUCCUGCUUCAUCCUCAUCGCCUCCUACAUGAUCCCGUUGCUGUCCGUCAGCAUCUCGUACUGCGCCAUCAGCCUCAGCCUCAAGCGCUAUGCGGUACCCGGCGAGCGGGCCGGCGGGAAGCAGCACUGGAAGCAAAAGAGGAGGAAGACCUUCUCGCUGUUGGUGGCCUCAGUGCUCGCCUUUGCUCUCUGCUGGCUGCCUUUGCAGGUGCUCAACCUCCUACUGGACCUGGACCCAGACUGUGACAUCAUCGGCAAGCGCUACAUAAAUGUCCUCCAAGUCUGCUGUCACUUGGUGGCGAUGAGCUCGGCGUGUUACAACCCCUUCAUCUACGCCUCGCUGCACAUCAAGGUACGCAUGCACUUGAGGGGCUACCUCUGUCCUUGUCCUCAUCAGAGGAUGGUGCAGAGGUCCUUGUCCAGGAACUGAUCUCAUUUACGCGGACUCCCACCCUGAAUUGUGCAUGCUUGUCCUUUUCUGUCGUAUUUACUUGCUAAUCAUGCAGAAAUGAUCCACAUUUUUGAACCGAAGGCUUAUUGGACUGAAGACAGGAGGUCUAAUAGUCAGAUGAUGGAACACUGAGCUUGGACAUGAAGUAUUUUAAAGCAAACGUAGUGUCUUCUCCUUUGACUGAUGCUACAGGAGGAUCACUCUGAGGGCUAAAAGGGUCAAAUAUGUUGGCUGGACUUGUAAAUGCUUGACUUCAAAGCGCUAACCGUACUGUGAACUCUCUGCACAUGGAACUUAGUCACGUGCACAGGACUGAUUUUGUCCCUUGAUACACUACAUUAUUUAUUACCACCUUCUUCUCCAAAAUGUAAAUGUAAAUCAGUCAAGGUUUUAGCCUUGGGGUUAAAACCAGCACGGGAAUGACACCACACCGACCCACCGUUUCGGUUCAAAACUUGGUAGACAAACAUUUGUGCAUUUUUUUUUGUAUUCUAAUAGUGUGCUUUUGCUGUAUAGAGGAACUUGGACCACUGUAAACACUGGGCUGUGGGAAAAAAUCGAUUCGAAUUUGAAUCGCGAUUCUCACGAAUCGAUUCUCAUUUUUAAAAAAUCUAUUUUUUUUUUUUUUUUUUAUCAUUCCAACAAAACAAUACACAGCAAUACCAUAACAAUGCAAUCCAUUUCCAAAACCAAACCUGACCCAACACAAUUCAGGACUGCAAUUAUUUAACUGAGCAUUUGAGAGAAGACACAAACACGACACAGAACAAACCAAAAGUAGUGAAACCCAUCCAUCCAUCCAUCAUCUUCCGCUUAUCCGAGGUCGGGUCGCGGGGGCAGCAGCCUAAGCAGGGAAGCCCAGACUUCCCUAUCUCCAGCCACUUCGUCUAGCUCUUCCCGGGGGAUCCCGAGGCGUUCCCAGGCCAGCCGGGAGACAUAGUCUUUCCAACGUGUCCUGGGUCUUCCCCGUGGCCUCCUACCAGCUGGACGUGCCAUAAACACCUCCCUAGGGAGGCGUUCGGGUGGCAUCCUGACCAGAUGCCCGAACCACCUCAUCUGGCUCCUCUCGAUGUGGAGGAGCAGCGGCUUUACUUUGAGUUCCUCCCGGAUGGCAGAGCUUCUCACCCUAUC